AUGAAUUCUAUUGUAGUGCAGGUUCUCCGUCACUCUCAGCUUCCGUUCAUCGCUCAAUAUCUUAUCGACGCCAAGAUGAAUGUCGAAAAGCUACAGAAGAUGGCAGGUGCUGUGCGCACUGGUGGGAAGGGAAGCGUGAGAAGAAAGAAGAAGGCUGUACAUAAAACAACCACCACAGAUGACAAGAGGCUGCAGAGCACUUUGAAGAGAAUAGGUGUAAACGCAAUACCAGCAAUUGAGGAAGUUAACAUUUUUAAGGAUGAAACAGUUAUCCAGUUCUUAAACCCUAAAGUUCAAGCCUCUAUUGCUGCCAACACAUGGGUUGUUAGUGGUACUCCUCAAACAAAGAAAUUACAAGAUAUUCUCCCUGGCAUUCUCAACCAGCUUGGGCCAGAUAACUUGGAUAACUUGAGAAAGUUAGCAGAGCAAUUCCAGAAGCAGGUGCCAGGUGGCGCUGAAGCCGCUGGUGCCACAUCAGCACAAGUGGACGAUGAUGAUGAAGUCCCGGAACUUGUGGCAGGCGAAACCUUUGAAGCUGCUGCUGAAGAAGGGCAAAAAUCAUAGGCUUUUUUGAGGAAUAUGUAUGUUUUUUAGUCAUCUUGGUCUACUUGUUUCUCUAAAAGUCGGGGAAAUUAUCUGUAGACAACAACUUUUUGUCCUACAAAUUAUCUCUAGACAACAACUUUUUGUCCUACACAACAAUUUAUGCUUUAUAGGAUUGUACAAUUGGGAUAUUUUACAACACUCUAAAGCAUAUGUUGUUGUGUAUUACCUUGUUGUGGAAGGAUCAGCUCAUUAAAAGUUGUUGGUAGGAAUAUUAUUUUGUCAAUGGAAAGUUAAAAGGGUAAUACAGACAUGUGAUAUAUCAUACAAAAGUUCAU